CGUGCACUUUGUUUUGGUGAGUGAGAGAGCCGUUGGCGCGCCGGCGCGCUUGCGUAGAGCGGCAGGCCGCUACUCCGAAGGGCCGCGCGCGCAGGCGUAGAGAUAGGGAGAUGCGCUCUCGUGCCCCUGGGUGGGUGGAUGGUCGGUCGGUCCGUCCAAGUGCUUUUUCUCUCUCUUUAUCUUUCCCUGUUGCUUGGUUGGAGAGCGAAUUCGCUGGAGGUAUUUUGCCGCUUUUAGGGCUGCGGCCUGACUGAGGCGCCUCGAGAUCCUGUUUUCCCCGAGCAGCGGUGGCGGGGAGAGGAACGGUCGUGUCGCGUCGCUCCAAAAAUGUCGCAGACAGCCAUGUCCGAGACCUACGAUUUCCUGUUUAAGUUUUUGGUCAUUGGAAAUGCAGGCACUGGCAAAUCCUGUUUGCUUCAUCAAUUUAUUGAAAAGAAAUUCAAAGAUGAUUCAAAUCAUACUAUAGGAGUGGAGUUUGGUUCAAAGAUAAUAAAUGUAGGAGGGAAAUACGUAAAACUACAAAUAUGGGAUACAGCUGGACAAGAGCGGUUCAGGUCUGUAACACGAAGCUACUACAGAGGUGCUGCAGGUGCCUUGCUUGUUUAUGAUAUCACCAGUCGAGAAACCUACAAUGCGCUUACUAACUGGCUAACAGAUGCAAGGAUGCUAGCAAGUCAGAAUAUUGUAAUAAUACUGUGUGGGAACAAAAAAGAUCUUGAUGGAGAUCGGGAAGUCACAUUCUUAGAAGCAUCCAGGUUUGCUCAAGAAAAUGAGCUGAUGUUCUUGGAAACAAGUGCAUUGACAGGGGAGAAUGUUGAAGAGGCCUUUGUACAGUGUGCAAGAAAAAUACUUAAUAAAAUUGAAUCAGGUGAACUGGAUCCAGAAAGGAUGGGCUCAGGUAUUCAGUAUGGAGAUGCUGCCCUGAGACAGCUGAGAUCUCCACGAAGAGCACAAGCUCAAAGUGUUCAAGAAUGUGGCUGUUAGGAACAAAUGAAACUCAUUUUAGCAAAGGAAAAGCUGUCGUUUCAAAUGAUGUUUCAUGAAACAACUGCCAUGACUUCAAGACUGCAAUUUUAGAACUCCCUUUUGAUUCACUAAAGCAUACCACAUACGGUAUUUUUUAAAGUACUGUGGAAUGUCUUCCACAAGUGUGCACUUGGCACAGCAAGACUGCAAAAAAGAAAAUGUGGUAAUUCAGUGGACAUUACUAAGAGCAAAAUACCUGUAUGUAAAUGUUUUCUGUUGCAUAUUUUUGUUCAUUCCCGCCAGUUUAAAACACUGCUGUAUCCUAUGUAUAUAAAAUGUGGACAUUAAAUUUCUGAAGCAUGAUAUACUGACAUAUUGUUGCACUAACAGCUGUUUGUUUUAUAAAUAAUAUGUAACUCUGGUACGCUUUAUCAUGUCUUUUUGUACUAUAGCUUCUAUUUAUGAUUUGAUAUUGAAAGCUGCUGACAUUGAUUGUCAAGUGUUUUAUUUGCCACAUUCUACAAGGUGUUUAUAUGAUUUGUUUUUUGUUUUUUUUUUUGGAAAAACGGUUAGGCCAUAAGUUUACUAAUAUGCCAUAUUGAAGAAAUAUUUUUUUUACUGAAGCAUAGCUGAACUGUUUCCUGACAGUUCUUAAAUGUAUUUCAAUCACUUUGACAAAUAUAAGCUAUAAAAUUCAGUUGUGAACUCAAGAGGUUACUGCUGUCUGAUCUUGCCUUGGGAAAUUCCUUUUUUCUACAUCUUAAAUUGUAACUGAACUUGUAUGUUUUGAGUAAAAGAUGAUGCCUCCUUGUUUUACCAUUCUAGAGCCGUAUCUGAAGUUGUGAAUCAUCAUUCUCUGGCUUUUUUUUAUUAAAGUAAUUUCUAUACUGAAGACUCCAUUCAGGUUGCGCUCUAUAAAAAGAAACAGUCUGUUAUGAAAAAGUAGCAUAUGAUGUAUAUGGAAGAAGACUGCUUUAAAGUCUACAGAACUUAAUGUGGUGCAGGCAUCUUCUAUAAUUCUGUAAUCUAGAAAUGCAAUACAGUAAAUUAUAGCAAUUUGUCAAA